AUAAUUCAUCUGCUCAUGUUCUGAAUUCUGCAUCCAUACAAUGCUACACCCAAUUUCGGAAGAAAACAUAGGGAAACUCAUUAUGUAGUCAAUGCUAGAUGAGUUCUGGGAGAAGAGAGGUGUAAAUCAGACAACAGUGUCAGUCUUCACAUUGAAGAAGAAUAAUACCCAGUCUAGGAGUGAACUGCAAGCAAGCAUUGCAGGGCGUUCAUUUGACUUUCAGAGCCCUGCAAUCCUUCAGUUAACAGGUCACGUAGCAUGUGCAGUGCCAGUGCAUGUGAGGUUUCAUCCAGCACCAGAUCCGUAGGGCCUCUCUCUGAAGCCUGGUAAUCUACCAUCAAGGCAUCAAGUUGCAGCACAAACUCUCCAAAACCCCAAUGCUCCGAUAGUGUUGGACCGGGAUUUCCGACGACGGGUCAAUUUAUCCCUGGACGGCUGGACAAAUUCCCUGCUGUUCAUGGCCCCUGAAUCCUGACGCUGUGAGUGAGCUACAGGAGCUUGUACCUUCAGAUGUUUCGGCAAUUCUGUAUGGGCGUAAACUCCUUGUCUGCCAAAAACAGGAUAAUUGCGCGAAAUACGGCGUAGACCGCCAAACAGCACAUCAAUCAUUUUUGGCCAAAGCACACCGACCGUACUCAUCACCUAUGCGCCCACAUGGCGCCGAGGGCCAGCAAGAUUCAGUUUCCCAUUCUUUCCUCCUGCGUUGCUGUGCCGGGCAGCAAGCAGAUGAACGAUGCUGACCAGAUCUCCCUGUUCAUGAUCAUGUGAGAAAUUCCAUGCCGUAGGAGGCCACUGCCUGAUUGCACUGUGGGAGGGUAGAGUAGGCCGCGAGCCCGCGACCGAGGCUGUCCUGGUGGUUUCCAUGCCAUGCCAGGGAAAGCCAAGCCCUACCUGGCCUCGCCGCUGCCGGCCCUGCCCAUGGACAACGAGGACGUAGGUGUUGGUUGGGACUCGCUUUUCCUCUGACACCAUCAUGGCUGAGCUUAACAGGAUGCAAUCUCUUGGUUGGUUGGCUGGCUGGCCGUUCGGCCAUUCCAUGUGCCUCACUGCGUGUCCGUGGCAUGGCCUUUGGCCCAACCCAAAUGGCUCAUCCGCUCAUCCUGUUGCUUCUGGGUGCUGCCGCUCAUCCUGUUGCUUCUGGGUGCUGGCACGGAGCAAUCAAGAUGCCCCUCUCUCUUUAUUCCAGCUCUGGUCCUGCGCUGGGCAGUGCAUCAGUACCAGGCGCCAUUGCUCCUGUUCUUUGACCGGAGCUUCCAUUCUCCUCCGUGUCCAUGGAUACUGCCAAGAGUUCUCCAAAUUCGACGCGAUCACCGGAGAUCUCGUCGAAGGAAUUUGAGGACGACAGCAAUGUAAAAGUGAAGGUGUUGAGCGAGAGGCUGUCAUCCGUGGUUCAGGAUAUCCGUGCCAAGGAUGAUCUCGUGAAGCAGCAUUCCAAAGUUGCAGAGGAGGCUGUUCUAGGAUGGGAGAAGGCCGAGAAGGAGAUCGCGUCACUGAAGACGCAGCUGAACGCUGCAACGGACAAGAACUCAGCGCUGGAGGACCGGCUCGUGCACCUCGACGGCGCCCUGAAGGAAUGCGUCCGGCAACUCCGGCGAGCAAAGGAAGAGCAGGACCAGACGGUGCAGGACGCGCUGGCGCAGCAGGCCCGGCAAUGGGAGUCCCAUAAGACCGACCUCGGGCUGCGCAUCGUCGAGCUCACGGCGAGGCUGGAGGCCAAGUCCGAGCGCUCGGUGGCCACCGACGGCGACACGGGUUCCAAGCUGGCCGCCCUGGAGAAGGAGAACUCGGCUCUGAAGGUGCAGCUGCUCUCCAAGACGGAGGAGCUGGAGCUCAGGACGAUCGAGAAGGAGCUCAACCGGAGGGCCGCGGAGACGGCGAGCAAGCAGCAGCUGGAGGGCAUCAAGAAGGUGGCCAAGCUCCAAGCCGAGUGCAGGAGGCUGCAGGCCGCGGCGCGGCGACCGUCCAUGAACGUCGAGCUCAGGCGCUCUCCGAGCUCGGCCUGCGCCGAGUCGGUGACGGACUGCCAGUCGGACUGCUCCGAUUCGUGGGCCUCGGCUCUUAUCACCGAGCUCGAUCAGUUCAAGGACGACAAGAACAGCGCGAGCACCAGGACCGCGAGCCUCGCGGCCGUGGACAUCGGCGUCAUGGACGACUUCCUCGAGAUGGAGAGGCUCGCCUCCGCGAACGAUCUGGCGAAAGGCGACGCCGCCGUCGAGGAUGCGAGCGGGCGGCUGGCGAAGCUCGAGGAGAAGGUCAGGAAGGUGGCCGCCGAGAAGGCCGAGAGGGAGAAGGCGCUGCACGAGGCUCAGCGUGGGCUGAGGACUUGCCGUCACCGUGUGAUGGUGGCCGAGGAGAAAUCAGCUGAGCUACAGCGGCAGCUGAACCUUGCCAAUGGCGAGAAGCACGCCAUGGGGACCGAGGUGGAAGCCGCUGAGGCCAAGAGAAGCGAGCUUGAGGGUAAGCUUGAGCUGGCCCGCGCCGAGAUCGCGGACUUGCUGGACAAGGGGCGCAUCCUGGAGGAGCGGCUCGAAUCGGAGAAGGCACUGACGCUGGAGCUCGCAGCCAAGUACCAGGAUAUGGAGGCCUUGGGAGCGGAGAAGAGGGAGAUAAGCGCUCAGCUGGAGGCAUCGCGGUCCGAAGCCAAGAAGUUAAAUGACAAGAUCACUCUGCUCGAGAGGAAGCUGGAGGUGGAGAAGGCCCUGUCGAUCCGGCUCGCCACGAAAUGCCAUGGCAUUGAUGCUCUGGAAGCGAAGAAGAAGGGCGUAGAGCUCGAGCUGGCGGCGGCACGAGAGGAAAUUGCAUCGCUGCACAAGAGAGUGAGUAGCUUGGAGCUGGAAGUUCAGGAAGAGAAGGCGUCGUCGUCUACCGAACUCGCAACACGGUGCGAAGAAAUGGAGGUAUUGGGUAAACACAGAGAUGAGCUUAGAACCCAGCUGGAGUCUGCAAAUUCAGAGAUUGUUAAGCUGAAUGAAAAGGCUAAAAUGCUAGAGGAUGCAAUGGAGCAACAGAGACCAGUGACAGUGGGAUUGGAGUCUCAGCUUCAGUCGAGGCAAGCGGAAAUUGAGAGUUUGAAGGAGAAUGUCAGCCUGUUGGAAAAGAAGCUGGAGAGCCAGAAGAACUUGUCAUCGGCUUACAUAUCUGCACUGGGUGCUUCUGAAACUGAAAAGAAGGAACUGGCUGCUCGUUUUGAACUCAAAGAGAAAGAAGCCGAUGAGUUACUCAGGAAGAUGAGUUUUCUGGAGGAACAGAUUUACAAAGAGAAGGCGCGAUCGUCGGAAUUUGAAGCAAAAUAUCUGAAGAUGGAAGAACAAGUGCCAAGCAGAUCUCUGGGUCACCAGCCAGUGAAGCCUACGACAACCAGUGAUCUUCAGAUCAGAAAGGAGAAAGAGCUAGCCAAGGCCGCUGGGAAACUAGCUGACUGCCAGAAGACGAUAGCUUCACUGAACAGCCAACUGAAAUCCUUGGCCGAUUUUGACGAAUUCCUACCUGGAACCGAGACUGGUGGCGCCGCCUCAGCCGACACCUGGGACGGUGAUCUGAAGCUGAUCCAUCCAGCGAGCUAUCCUGCGCAGAUUGGCUAUUUGGCAGUCACAUGAUCCUCGUGGCAAGUGGAUGUUUUUGUUUGGCUUUUGCCGCAUGAUUGCUUGAUGAGAUUGCCAUGAUCUCCCCACACGUCAUAUAGAGUUAAGUUAAUAGUCUAUAAGUGAGCAAAAAUGUUCAUAAGGAAAGCUGUUUAUAGAGUUGGUGAUGAGCCUUGAGGGAACUUAUAUUGAAGAUUAUCUUUGAUCUCCCUGUCCCUUGGAAAUGUGAUCAGGCUCUAUCUCA